CGAUGCAAAGAAGUUCCACAAAGGUUAACACUUCCAAUUUUUAUUUACAUUGGAUCUGGAAUUGGGGUAAUCUGAAACCCAGAUCUCCCACGACCAAGCGCCAAACGGAGUGAGAUCUGGAUACUAGGAAAACAAGGAUUUCUUUUCAGUCACGAUAUCAAUCAACGAAUUUGACAAAUUAACUUAUUAUUUUUCGUUCGUUUUUGUUUCCCUUUUGUAAUAGUCACAGGGUUAUCAGGAACACUUCCAGGACACCUGCGGUGGAGAAAUAGCCUGGGUAUCAUCAAUGACGUCAUACACGGCGUUUACGGAGGGCUGGGCACUAUACGCUGAGAACCCACUCAUUGCUUAUGACACGGAUACCUACGAAGAGCAACCGCUGUACAAAUACGGGAUGUUGAAGUCUCAGCUCUGGCGCGCACUGCGCAUGAUCGUGGACACUGGCUUACAUUACAAGGGGCUCCGAAGAGACGAUGCCCUUCACAUGUUCCAAAAGUAUUUAUGGGAUGACAGUGACAUCGCGUUAAAGGAAGUCACCAGGUAUCAAAGCGUACCAGGGCAGGCCACCUCUUACAUGAUCGGCCAAAUGCAUAUCAUAAAAUUGAGAGAGUACGCCAAGGAAAAACUCGGAAAGGCGUUCAAUUUGAAAGAUUUCCAUCUGCAGUUGUUGUACCAAGGUUCUGCGCCUUUGAGCUUUCUGGAGGAGAGCAUCAAGGAGUAUGUAGAUUGUGCUCUUAACAAGAACAAAGAAGGCUGUGAAGAGAUGCUUAGUCCCUUGACCGAAGAUAGUCAAGACACUGACAGUAACAACGAUUAUUUAGGUACAAUGGACUCGUUAGAAAGACAGCUUUAUUUUUAGCAUAUUGUUUACACUUCAGGAUGGAAUAAAACAUUUCCAUAUAUAUAUUUCUAGCUUGGCAAAAGGUGACAGAAUUUGAACUGUAGUCUAGUAGAAGAACUGAUUA